AACCAUAGUUAAAUAUCAACAGUUUCGAAGGACUUAACCAUUGUCCAUUGUUAAAGCUGGCGCCGCUUUGACUAUUUUUUAAUUACUUUUAUAUAUUAUUUUUUUUUAGCACUUUAUUCAAGUCUAUCUCUGUCUUUCUUCUUUGCUUCUCUCUCUUCAAUGACUCUGUUUACUGUUUUCUCUCUGUAUUAUGGACGUAGAGCCGCCUUCUGUGAACUCUCCGUGCUUUUCCGGUCAUGACUUGACGACUUAGUUGAAUCGGCGGCUCUCAUUUAGUUUCUUUUUUGUUUUCACUCAAACGAAAGCCAUACACUUGGACAGAAAAAAGCUUUGUCUUUUUCCUACUGCUUUUUAUCAAGUAAAAACAAGCAUAUUAUUUGAAAUUCAAACCAUCAUUUGUGGUGAAUUGUUGUAUCCGAACUCGACCGUUUCCUCUAUCUGAAACUGAGUUUUUCUUUCUUUGAGCUGAAAAAGAAAAACCUGGAACAAAAACCAGAUUUUUUUGGCUGUCUUUGAUUGGGUUUCGAGUAAAUAAAAGCAUGGUGGAGCUUGAAAAUUCUUCACCCAUGGCAGUUUCUAGAGUUUCUGGAGAAGCAAGUGCAUCUUCUUCGGGUCAUCAGAUUCAAGGCACUCAACAAACAGGAGAAGGAACACCGAAGAAGAAAAGAAAUCUUCCUGGGAUGCCAGAUCCAGAUGCUGAGGUAAUGGCUUUAUCUCCAAAAACGCUGCUAGCCACCAACCGGUUUGUUUGUGAGAUCUGCAAAAAGGGCUUUCAACGCGAUCAAAACCUUCAACUCCACCGACGGGGCCAUAACUUACCAUGGAAAUUACGGCAAAGAACCAGCAAAGAAAUACGAAAGCGAGUCUACGUGUGCCCUGAGCCAAGUUGCGUCCACCACAACCCGGCUCGAGCCCUGGGUGAUCUUACCGGUAUCAAGAAACACUUUUGCAGAAAACACGGGGAAAAGAAAUGGAAAUGCGAGCGGUGUUCUAAAAAAUACGCUGUUCAGUCCGAUUGGAAGGCCCACAUGAAAACUUGCGGCACCCGAGAAUAUAAAUGCGAUUGUGGCACCAUCUUUUCUAGGAGGGAUAGUCUUAUAACGCAUAGAGCUUUCUGCGAUGCGUUAGCUGAGGAAAGCGCAAGGGCUCAAACGCUAGAGAUGGCUGAUACAGAAGGGAAUGGGAGUGGAAAAAGUAUGGUUGGAAGCGGAGCUGCUUCAACAUCCCCGCCACCGCAGCCUUUAACACCGUCUACUACUAGUGUAGUUUCACCGGGCUUGUCAAUUCAGAGUUCAGAAAUACCAGAAAAUCCAAUGGGACUUUCACCACCAACUCCAGCAGCAACUAGUACCUCUCCUUCAAACAGCAAUGUUUUCGCUAGCGUAUUUGCUCCAAACUCUCAACCAUCCAAAAUACCAGCACCAUCUUCGAUCCUUCAAUCAGGAGCACCGUUAGAGCGCACAUCCCUAUCUCUUUCCUCUCGUCUCUACCUCUCCAACAAUGGCUCCUCUAUCUUCUCUGGACCUGAACAUGACCAUUGCCACUAUGCUCCAUCCCCGCAACCAGCCAUGUCUGCUACUGCAUUGCUACAAAAGGCUGCACGAAUGGGUUCAGCGGCAUCAAACCCUUCACUGCUCCGUGGUUUAGGCUUGGCAAUAUCAUCAACUUCCUCUGAUGGUAAAGAUCCUAAUGUUAAGUCAGAGAGCAAUUCAAUGGCAACUGGUUUUGGCCUUGGCCUUCCUACAAAUGGAAGUUCUGGCUUGACUAAUACCAUGAUAGGCAUAAGCUCAUCCUCGCUGUUUGGAAACAAGCCUACUACGCUUGAUCUUCUUGGCCUUGGCAUGGGUGAUGGUGGAGCUUCCUCAAGUGGACUGUCUGCUUUGCUCACUUCCUUUGGAGGUGGCUUCAAUGUUGGAGCAGCAGCUACUACAUCCUAUGGAACAGGAGGGAGUUCGCCUGGAGAAACAUGGGAAGGUGCACCGGAUAGAAAGCCCACUGGCCCAACCAUGCUUUAGAGGUUCAGUUCCCAGCUAAAGGAUACACCAUUUUGUUUUUCAAUCUUUUUAGUCUUUCUUCAAUACAACUGCUUAGAACUGAGAGAAGAAUGUUAGAGUCAGACUCUAAUUUUUGGCUUUCCGUGUGUUAAAUACUGCCUUUUAAAGUUAGUUUCCUUUUGAGGUAAAGUUUAAUUUAAAGGUUGUACGGGAACUCCUGUAGUUAGUAUCUAGCAAAUGUAGCACAAACUAUGAUGCUACUAUAUACAGUUAUUUUUUACUUUUUUAUUAAACUUGAUUGUUGUUUCACAUCCAAGCUCCAACUUCCAACAUGACUGUCCAUACAGGGACAGGGUUCAAUUUGCCAAAAUUUGACUGAA